AUGAGCGGAGCGAAGAAGAGGUUUCAGAUAGAGGCAAUUGUGACCCGGGAUGCUGAGAAGACUUGGAAGAUCCUGGAAUUUGCAAAUAUUUUGACCAGGGAUGCUCUGCAAUUUGUGGUUGAUUUGCAAAGGGAAUUUAGGAACCAUAUUAAGUAUGCUUUGGAGUGUAGAAAAGAGGCCAAGAUGAGAUACAAUAAUGGGGGAUUGCCGGGGUGUGAUCUGACUACCAAAUACAUAAGAGAAGAGGACUGGGUUUGUGCCACUGUGUCGUCGAUGGUGGCUGAUCAAAGUGUGGAAAUGAUUGGGCCAGUAGAGAGGAAGAUGAUUUUUUGCCCUUAA